CUCGAAAUUCGGUUCGGGAUUCGAAAUUCGGUUCGGGUCCGGGAUUCGACUUUUUCAAAAUCCGAGCUGAGAUUCGUAAUCAGCACAUUUUUUUACCUUAGAAAAAUACUUUCUCUUAUUUUUAAAAUUUUUUUACGAAGAAGUUGGUCACAACUUUGUUCAGACUCAACUGGCCUUUGCCGCAUUGUCGAUAUUUUUCGAUAUUUUGAGCUUUUUUUGCCUAUUCCAUAUUUUGAGAUUCGAUAUUUUGAGAUUCCAUAUUUUGAGUUUUUUUAGCCGAUUCGCGAUUUUGAGAUUCCAUAUUUUAAGAAUUCGGUAUUUUGUAUGGGAGCCGGGAAAUGGCAAAAAAAGAGAGGAGUAUGAGCAUCAACGAAAGGGGGGAAGGGAGUAGGGGAAGGAAGGAAGGAAAAAGAAGAAUGAAAAAGCAAAAUGAGCAAAAAGAGAAGUUGAGGAGGAGGAAUAUAGUGGUUGAAGGUGGGGUGAAGAGUGAAGUGAAUGGUUGGACGAAUGUUUCCUUCCUCAACAUUUAUAUAUAAAAAUUGGGCGCCGGCUGGCCGCAAAAAACAUAAGGGAAUAAGGCG